GCUUCAAGGCCAUCUUCCGCAGGAAGAAGAAGCCCGCCCAAGACGCAACUGCAGCCCCCGCAGCGGAGAAUAAGCCGGAGAGCAAGCCGACUGAAGCAGCUCCCGCAGCAGGCCCCGCUGACAACAAGCCUCAAGAGGCCGCUCCUGCAGCGGAGCCAAAGCCUGGUAUGUCGAAAAUCAUACUCCAAGCUAAUAAGUCUGCGAGCGAUAUAUUAACGGAAGAUGAAGAACAACCAGCUCCGGUCGAGAUGCCCGCAGGAGACGUCGAAUCUAGCAAACCGAAGCCUGAAGAAGCCAAUGCUGCGCCAGCUCCCGCCCCCACCCCAGCUGCUGCCCCCGAGACGACGACGGAUGCUCCUGCGACCGAACCCAAGCCUGAUGCUCCCGCACCCGAGUCGAAGACCGAAGCUCCUGCUCCGGCUCCUGCUGCUGCCCCGGCUGCUGCUCCAGCUGCUGCUCCAGCUCCCGAGUCGAAGACCGAAGCUCCUGCCCCUGCUCCUGCUGCUGCUCCCGCUCCAGCCCCUGCUCCUGCCGAUGCCCCUGCUCCUGCUCCGGCUGAUGCCCCUGCCCCUGCCCCUGCUCCGGCUGCCGCUCCUGCUCCUGCCGAUGCCCCCGCUCCCGAGGCGAAUACCGAAGCGCCAGCUCCGGAAGCAAAGACAGAGGCGGCAGCGCCUGCACCGGAGGCCGCACCGGAGGCCGCACCCGCAGAACCAGCAGCCGAGAAGCCCGCUGAGAAAACGGAGCCCGCACCAGGUAAGUCUCAGUUAACGCCGAACAUUGUCUAGAAGAUAGAACUGACGGAGCGUGGUUGAAAAGCUAAAUAAAUGCCCUACGAGUCCAGAUGGAUCUAGAGUGGCUAUGGCACCAGACCUAGUCUUACCCUGACCAUCCCCGGUACUCUUUGCUUUGUCUUGUGCCUUUGCCCGCAUUUCAUACCCCAGCCUUGAUUCUUCGUUC